AACUGCGCCGUCAAUGGUUAGCGCAGCACGUGCUCCGCCUCGGCCAGUGACGUUUGCGAGGGCUGGGGAGCUAGGCAGGGCAAUCCACGGCGCUGCUCAUCUGCAGUACCCGAGCUCUUAAAUUGGCUUCACGCAACACCUUGUUUUGUUGGUUGCGAACAGGCCCACAACCAUCGCAAUUUUGCACAAUUCACGCUCUUGCGAUCCGCCAGGGACAUUUUUAUCGGGAAUCUUCAGUUGACGCAGGUUUCCGUUGCUUCCGCGGCGACUAAGCAAACACUCCCGAGCGAGCUUCACUCAACACCUCUUGCGGCAAGCACCAUGUCUCACGGGUAUCAACAAUACGGCGGCAACCCUUACGAGGGCGCGAGCCAGGCAGAGUCCGGUUACGGGCAGUCAAAUCCCUAUGGCGGUCAAGGUGGCCAAGUCGCACCCGGGGGCUAUGGAGCGUCGAACCCGUACGGCGGCACAGGCCAGGAUUUGAACGCGCCGCCUCUCCAACAUGAGGACUCGCAGUACUCGCAGGUGUCGCAAUACUCGUCGCAACCGCCCCAGCAGACGUAUUCGCACGCCGCAACGCCACUGAGUCAGCAGGACUUCCUCGCGCGCAUCGAUGGCACAAAGAGUAGAAUCAACCAGCUCUCGGCGAACAUCACCGAGAUCGCCAACAUUCACCAGCGCAUGCUGUCGUCGCCUGACAACCGCUCCUCGGCCCAACUAGAGAGCAUCGUCUCCGAAACACAGAUCAGGAACACGUCGAUAAAGGAUGAGAUCAAGUUCCUUGAAAAGGAUGCAUCGCGGGAGCCGCAGAACUCGUUCAAGAGGACGCAGGUGGAGAAGCUGAAGCGCACUUUCAAGAGCCAGCUCGAGGACUUCCAGAAGGAGGAGGCAGACUACUCCAAACGGUACCGCGAUGCCAUUGCGAGACAGUACCGAAUCGUCAACCCCGAGGCGACCGAGUCAGAGGUUCAGGAGGCAGCCAAUGCUGACUGGGGCGAUGAGGGCAUCUUCCAGCAAGCUCUCAAGACCAACCGCAGUGGUCAGGCCAACAGUGUGCUCGGAGCUGUGCGCGCUCGUCACAACGAUAUCCAGCGCAUUGAGAAGACGCUGGGCGAGCUUGCGCUGCUCUUCCAGCAGCUCAAUGAGCAAGUUGUGUACCAAGAGGAACAGGUAACGCGGGUUGAGGAGCAGACCGAGAAUGUGACAAAGGAUACGACACAUGCAAACCAGCAGCUCGACCAGGGUAUCAAGUCUGCCCGCCGGGCACGAAAGCUUAAGUGGUGGACGUUGGGCAUUGUCGUCUUAAUCAUUGCCAUCCUCGCUGCUGUCCUCGGUGGCUACUUUGGCACCCGGGCCAAGACCAACAACCCGUAGUCGUACUCUGGAAGGUUGGCACCACGUGGGAAAGGGCCGCCAAGGUCGAUUUCCUUGCGGCCGUAUCACGAGUACCCUGUGAAGAACAUGAGAUGGAGGAUAACCUUGACGUACUAUUGUCGUUUUCUAAUGCCUAAUUUAGCUGCGCUGCAGCGCUGUUGUAGAUAACAACCUAACCACCGUUGAACUACUGCCU